AUGGAACUACGAAAUCGAACUCGUCGUCAGGUGGAUGGUAUUAGCGAUUACGAAUAUGGUGACAGUGAUGAUGAUCUAUAUGUUAGUUUUGUAACACCAUCAUCCCGUAAUUCUUCAUUAAUUUACAACAAUACUAACACCUCCACCAUGGCUUCUGGAUCUCUUUUAGACAGUGUUAAAAAUUCGGAUAAUUACAUUUUCAUUGAGAUAGCUCAGGUUGUUAUAAAACCUUCAGAGAUACAAUUAUCCACUCAAAAAUUGCAGGGCAUGGUUAAGUCAAAUUUAGGCCUGAUUUUUAGAAAACCGAGUCAAAUUUGUAUUGUUAUGGUUGAUGAAAACAAAGAAAUUGCUUUUGAUUUGGAUCAGGUUACGAAGUUUCGAUUUAGUGAUGUAACAGGUCAAAAGGAGAUAUUACUAGAUGUGAAAAAAGGAUUUAAGAGAGAUUUUUACGAAUUUCCUCUUAGAAGUCUUGAUGAUAGGCUUCAAAUUCCCUGUGAUCCAAGUCGUGGAAAGCUGGAUGAUGCAGAUACUAUUAUAUUCAAAAUAUGUAAAUAUGUUGAUAACAGUUUAAUAGUUAAGUUGAUCAACAAUAUUAAACAUUGGAAAUCGACCAAUGUAAAGCAACCACCACAAUACAACGCAGAGAAUUCACAAAAUUCCAAAAAUAAUAUAGUAAAUCAAGAGGUAAAUAAGAAAGGUUCAUUCAUCAAACCUGCUCGAGAUGACCAUUGUGACAUACGAUCCAAUAUUGGAAUAAUUGCACUUGAUAACGAUGUAAACAAUGGAUCUCAAACUCAUAAUAAAAAUCAUGUUAAUGAUAAUAUUACUGAUUGGAUAAAUGAAAAUAAAGAAAAGUGGACAAAUAAUGAUAAAGAAAAGUGGACAAAUAAUGAUAAAGAAAAGUGGACAAAUAAUGAUAAAGAAAAGUGGACAAAUAAUGAUAAAGAAAAGUGGAAAAAUGAUGAUAAAGAAAAGUGGAAAAAUGGUGAUAAAGAAAAAUGGAAAAAUGAUGAUAAAGAAAAGUGGACAAACGAUGAUAUUAGUCAAGCUUCUAGUUCCACGAUUACUAUUCAGCCCGAAAAAGGAGAUGCAUUAAAGGCUUCUAAAAAUUCUCACAGUGAUUCAGAGCUCCACAUCACGUGUAUUUUUAUAACCAAAAAAUAUGCGAUUCUAGUUUCAUUCGAUAUUUAUCUUAAACAAUUAACAGCACUUAUCGAAGAACGGUAUAAUGUUAAAAUUUCCAUGGAUAGAUUAUAUUAUUUAAAUCAUGUUGGGGAAAAGAUUAGUCUGAUCGACGAAGAAGAUUGGGAUGUUGCAAAGAAGGAAGCGAUGAAUGCCCAAACUUUCAGGAUCAGCCUGGUUGUAGAGUAG